CAAGAACCAGCCUUCUUGUCUCAACUUAAAAAAUAUAUAUAGAGAAUUAUUCUCGCUUGAAUUCUGAUUGAUAGUUUCUUGGACAUGCAGCUGCAAUGGCGGCAUGUCAGGUCGUAGUCAACUAGCUAGCGAGGCAGCACAGGCAGCAAAACCACCAAGAAAGCCAUGGCUUGGCCAUGGUAGGGGAAGGGACAGAGGCAGCUGAGGUGGGAGGAGGAUAUCGAUCGUCCAUGGCCGCCGCGGAGGCGGCGGCCGAGAAGGCGGUUAGGUGCCUCGGCCGUGGCUUCGACAUGGCUGGCGACCUGAGGCUCAAGUACUGCAAGGGCGACGCCGGCGCAGGCUGCCUGGUCGACAGGAGCGGCGAGACGGCGCCGCUCACCGUGCCGGGGGUCGGCGUGAUCGGCGACGUGCCGGCGGACGUCAGGUGCGACAAGGGCGACCGCGUCCGGUUCAAGUCCGACGUGCUCGAUUUCAACAAGAUGUCGGAGCUGUUCAACCAGAGGAGCUCGGUGGAAGGGAAGAUCCCGUCGGGGCAGUUCAACGCGUCCUUCGACCUGGACAGCGGGUCGUGGGCCCACGACGCGCCGCGCACCAAGUGCCUCGCCAUGGACGGCUACUUCAUCUCCCUCUUCGACCUCCGCCUCGACCGCCGCCGCCUCGCCCUCGCCGCCCACGUCCUCGCCGACGUGCCGCCCGCCUGGGACCCCUCCGCCAUCGCAAGAUUCAUCGAAAAGUAUGGGACUCAUGUGAUCGUAGGGCUGAGCAUGGGCGGCCAGGACGUCGUGUACGUGAAGCAGGAUAAGGCGUCGCCUCUGUCGCCGUCGGAGAUCAAGGAGCAUCUGGACAGGCUCGGCGACCAGCUCUUCACGGGCACCUGCGCCAUCCCCCCUCUGCGCAGCAAGUCCAAAGACAAGUUCAAGAUACCGGAGGCUUUCAAUGUGUUCGAUGCACAAAUAGCUCAGCAGAGGCUUCACGGGAUCACCACUCUUGUGUCAAGCAAAGAGGGUGUGACAGUGAUAUACUCCAAGAGAGGAGGGAACACGACGGUGAGCAGCCACUCCGAGUGGCUCCUGACCGUGCCGGCGAUGCCCGACGUGAUCAACGUCAAGCUCGUGCCAAUCACCUCCCUCAUCAGGGGCAUGGCUGGCACUGGGUUCCUCUCUCACGCCAUCAAUCUCUACCUCAGAUAUAAGCCUCCUGUGGCUGACCUGAGGUACUUCCUGGAUUUCCAGCAUCACUGCAUGUGGGUCCCGGUGCUCGGCGAGCUGCCUCUGGGCCCUUGCUCCAACCGGCAAGGCUCCAGCCCAGCGUUGCAUUUCAGCCUGCUGGGCUCCAAGCUCUAUGUCAGCUCGAGUGAGGUAGUUGUCCCGAAACUGCCGGUUACUGGCAUGAGGCUGCACCUGGAGGGCAAGAAAAACAACAGGCUAGGCAUCCACCUGCAGCACCUGUCGACGACACCGACGUUCGUCGCCGUCAGGGGCGACAAGCCGCCGGUGUGGCGUGGCACGGAGACGGUGACCGACGACCGCUACUACGAGCCGGUUCAGUGGCGGAUGCUGGCGCGCGUCUGCACCGCGCCGGUGAAGUACGACCCGCGGUGGUGCGGCCACCGCCGGUCCGCCUGCAUCGUCGCCGGCGCGCAGCUCCACGUCAGGGCCCGCGACGCCGGCAACGUGCUGCACCUCCGGCUGCUCUACGCCGAGCUCCCCGGGCACGCCGUCGUGCAGUCCAAGUGGGCGCGCGGCGCGGCGGCGCCGACGCCGCUGUCGGGGAAGUCAUCGAGCUUCCUGCCCAUGUCCUUCUCGGGGUCAACCUCAGGUGGCGCCGGCGAGGGAGGCCCGGAGCAGGGCGGCCUGCCGGUGGGUGUCAACAUCAACUCCGGCGUGUUCGCCGGCGGGCCACCGGUGCCCGUCGGCGCGCAGAAGCUGCUCAAGUUCGUGGACACCUCGCAGGUGACCAUGGGGCCGCAGGACAGCCCCGGGUACUGGCUCGCCACCGGGGCAAGGCUGGACGUCGACAAGGGGAGGAUCAUGCUGCAUGUCAAGUUCUCGCUGCUUGCAUCGGCUUCUUGACAAGGUUGUCAAGCUGCUCGUCUCGUGAUCCAGAGUUUUGUACAGUUUUCAUCAGCUGCUAAAUGACAGAAAUGCUAAUCACUGAAAGAACAAUUUUUUUCUCAUUUCUUUUGGAUUUUGGUUUUUGGUUUGGACCCUGGAGCUGUUGCAACGAUAUGUA